GCCAAAGGAUGAGCACACCGGAAGCAGCCCCGAGACUCGAACAUGGCGGCAGCUCGGGGCCUCCGCUGGGGCCUGAACCGAGCCAGAGCCUGUUUGCUACCACCACCCGCGCACUGCCCCCGCCGGGAGCUGCACAAGCAGGUAGACGGCACCGAAUUCCAGAGCAUCUACAGCUUGGACAAGCUCUACCCGGAAUCGCGGGGAGUGGACACCGCCUGGAGGGUCCCGGAUGAUGCAAAGCAAGCCAACAGUGACAUUCCUCUUGAUCGCUUGACAAUAUCGUACUGCCGGAGCAGCGGUCCCGGGGGCCAGAACGUGAACAAAGUGAAUUCCAAGGCUGAAGUCAGGUUUCACCUGGCCACCGCAGACUGGAUCGCAGAGCCCGUGCGGCAGAAGAUAGCGGUCACGCAUAAAAAUAAGAUCAACAAGUCAGGAGAGCUGAUACUGACCUCUGAAUGCAGCCGCUACCAGCUCCGAAAUCUGGCAGAUUGCCUACAGAAAAUUCGAGACAUGAUCGCUGAAGCCAGCCAGCCAGCCAAGGAGCCCUCCAGAGAAGAUGCGGCACUAUGGAAAAUCAGGGUAGAAAACAUGAAUCGGGAAAGGCUGAGAAAAAAGAGAAUCAGUUCUGCCGUCAAGACGAGCAGGAGGGUAGAGGUGGACUGAAGUCAUCCUCCGGCGCUGGCAGAGACCCUCUGCAGGGCACCAGGCAGCCGGCCAGAGCUUCAGCGCCGCCAGGAGACCGAUGCGUUGUUGGCGGUUGCUAGCACUCGUCUCUCUAACCUUGGAGCCAUCCGAGAACGCUCACUUGGGAUGCGGGCACUGGCUGAGACCGUCUUUGUAGGCAAUUACACAUUGUCAGACCUUGAUUACCCAUUUAAUAUGUGAGCUGCAAUAAAAUUCUAAAUACAGAA